UUAAAGACUUAUCGUCGGUGCCCUUAUCCAAUCUGUCAAAAAGCUAGCGGACGUCAUGAUCCUCACUGUUUUCUGUCUCAGUGUCUUCGCUCUGAUUGGUCUACAGCUCUUCAUGGGCAUCCUACGCCAGAAGUGUGUUCGUAGCCCCGCCUCCUGCAUCAACUCCACCUACUCCGGCAACGGGAGCUUCGUUUGUAACAACAGGACCUGGCUCUCCUUGAAGGACUUCUUGACCAGCGAAGACAACUUCUACAAAAUUGAAGGAUCAAAAGAUGCCUUAAUAUGUGGAUACAGCAGCGACGCUGGAAAGUGCCCUGAUGGGUUCGACUGUUUGAAAACAGGUCGGAACCCAAACUAUGGCUACACGAGUUUUGACACUUUUGGCUGGGCCUUCCUGGCUCUCUUCAGAUUAAUGACACAAGACUACUGGGAAAACCUCUAUCAUCAGACUUUGCGGUCAGCGGGCAAGACCUACAUGGUUUUCUUUGUGCUGGUGAUUUUUCUGGGUUCUUUUUACCUGGUAAACUUGAUCCUGGCUGUGGUGGCCAUGGCAUAUGAAGAGCAGAACCAGGCGACCAUCGCCGAAGCCUGGACGAAAGAGAGAGAGUUUCAGCUGGCCAUGGAACAGCUACACAAGGAGCAGAGUGCAUUAGCAAAGCAGCGCAGAAAAGAAGCAGAGAUGAUCCAGACGGCAGAAAUAUCUCCCACUACCUUCUCUCGUAAAGACACCGUAAAACAAACCCGAUGUAGAACAAGAUCCCACAGAACACUGUCAGAGGAGACGGAAGACAACCCAGAUCUCCAAGCAUCAAAGUUUAACCUGUUUGAUGAAAAACCAGCUCACCCUUUUCUGGCGACACUCUCCUCACAUCCUCUCAGCACACGUCGAGGAAGUCAAAUCAGCAUCUUCACCUCCCGUCCACGCAACAAUUCAGAGGCCGACUUCGCAGAUGACGAACGCAGCAUCCACGGCGAAGGGCGGAGCCAGGCGGGCUCCACGGCAACACCGUGGCACAAGCGUCGUACGGGCAGCAUCAGAAGUCACUCGUCGCAGGUGUUGACGCUCGCCCUCAACGGCAGACUGAACGUUUCUAUGGAGCAGAACGGCAUCACGGGUGUCGGGCCGCACACCCCGCCAUCACUGCCAGCCAUCAGUAUAGAGAAGGUCAGAGACGACAAGGAGAAAGCGUGUCAGAAAGAACAGAGCGCAGCUCCCAAACAGACAGGUGACGUGCAGGAGGAAGUCCCGCCCCCUCGCAGGAAGAGAGGCCUGAGCUCCAUCAGCUUCUUCAGUGAUGACAUGGAUGAAUUUGAAGAAGCCCGUCAGAAAUGUCCUCAAUGCUGCUAUGAAUUCGCCAAGAAGUACCUGAUCUGGACAUGUUCUCCGGCCUGGCUGAGACUGAAGGAGGGGCUUAAAGUCAUGGUGUUGGAUCCCUUCCUGGAUCUGGCCAUUACCAUCUGCAUUGUGCUCAACACAUUGUUCAUGGCGCUGGAGCAUUACCCCAUGACGGAUGAAUUCAACAGCAUGCUCAGCGUCGGAAACCUGGUGUUUACUGGAAUCUUCACAGCUGAGAUGGUGCUGAAGGUCUUGGCUCUGGAUCCGUACUAUUACUUUCAGCAGGGUUGGAACAUCUUUGAUGGAAUUAUUGUUUGUUUGAGUUUGAUGGAGUUGUGCCUUUCCAGAGUGGAAGGUCUAUCCGUCCUCCGCUCAUUCAGACUGCUGAGAGUUUUUAAAUUGGCGAAGUCGUGGCCCACGCUCAACACGCUGAUAAAGAUCAUCGGUAACUCUGUGGGUGCUCUGGGUAACCUGAAGCUGGUCCUGGCCAUCAUCGUCUUCAUCUUCGCCGUGGUGGGCAUGCAGCUGUUCGGGAAGAACUAUCAGGAUUGUGUUUGUAAGAUCAGCAAUGACUGCACGCUCCCUCGCUGGCACAUGAAAGACUUCUUCCACUCGUUCCUCAUCGUGUUCAGGGUCCUGUGCGGCGAGUGGAUCGAGACCAUGUGGGACUGCAUGGAGGUCGCCGGACAGCCACUUUGCAUUCUGGUCUUCAUGUUGGUCAUGGUCAUAGGAAACCUGGUGGUGCUGAAUCUGUUUCUGGCUCUGCUGCUGAGCUCCUUCAGCUCUGAUAAUCUCUCAGCGCCCGAUGACGAUGGAGAAAUGAACAAUCUCCAGAUUGCCUUCGCUCGAAUCCAGUCUGGUGUGACUUGGCUGCUCAGCGCCAUCAAAGACAACGGGAACAUGACCUCGAGCAGUCGGAAAGCCAAAGAGGAACGGGCGUCUCUGAAAGCCAACCACGCAGAGUGCAACGGCAUUGUGGGAAGGUUCGGGCGGUACGGAGAAAAGGAUGUUAAUGCAGAGGAAGAGAACACUUAUAUGACCAAUCCCAAUCUUACCAUCUGCGUGCCCAUCGCACCUGGAGAAUCCGAUAUGGAAUUUCUAGAAGAAGAGGAUGAAGAGACUGAGACAUCAGAGGAUGAAGAACAGACACCGGAAGUGAUAAAUCUGUCUGAAGGAAGUACCGUGGACCUGAGGAAGCCCGGAGAGGACGAGGAAGAGGAUUAUGAGAUGGCAGAUGAUGGCAUGGAACCAGAGGAGUGUUUCCCCGACUUUUGCAUGCGACGCUGUACGUGUUGUAAUAUUAACACAGCACAAGGUCUGGGACAGAUGUGGUGGAGGUUGAGGAAGACCUGCUAUCAGAUUGUGGAGCACAGCUGGUUCGAGACCUUCCUCAUCUUCAUGAUUCUUCUCAGUAGUGGUGCUUUGGCGUUUGAAGACAUUUACAUAGAGCAAAGGAAGGUUGUGAAGGUGGUGUUGGAAUAUGCCGACAAGGUCUUCAGCUACAUCUUUGUGCUGGAGAUGUUUCUGAAGUGGAUCGCUUACGGCUUCAAGAAAUAUUUCACCAACUACUGGUGCUGGCUGGACUUUCUGAUCGUAGAUAUCUCCACACACACCUCUAAUGAUAGGGUGACUUUGAUAAGUUUGGUAGCUAACUCUUUGGGUUACUCCGACUUUGGAGCCAUUAAAUCUCUGAGGACCCUUCGAGCUCUGAGGCCCCUGAGAGCCCUGUCUCGAUUCGAAGGAAUGCGGGUGGUCGUGAAUGCGUUGAUCGGGGCCAUUCCAUCCAUCAUGAACGUUCUGCUGGUGUGCCUGAUCUUCUGGCUCAUUUUUAGCAUCAUGGGAGUCAACCUUUUCGCCGGGAAAUUUGGGAAGUGCGUCAACAGGACUGGCUACAUCCACAACGCGACCCUGGUCAACAACAAGUCUGAAUGCCAAGCCAUGAACGACACCCAGUUCUACUGGACCAAAGUGAAAGUGAACUUUGACAAAGUGGGUCUUGGUUACCUCUCCCUUCUGCAAGUGGCAACUUUUAAAGGCUGGAUGGAAAUCAUGUAUGCGGCCAUAGAUUCUCGUGGGGUUGAGGAGCAGCCCGUCAAAGAGAUAAACCUCUACAUGUACCUCUACUUCGUCAUCUUCAUCAUCUUCGGAUCCUUCUUCACCCUAAACCUGUUCAUCGGCGUCAUCAUCGACAACUUCAAUCAACAGAAAAGGAUGAUAGGUGGUCAGGAUAUAUUCAUGACAGAAGAGCAGAAGAAAUAUUACAACGCUAUGAAGAAACUGGGAUCGAAAAAGCCACAGAAGCCAAUUCCAAGACCACUGAACAUCUUACAAGGCUUCUUCUUUGACCUGGUGUCCAAGCAAGCCUUUGACAUCACCAUCAUGAUGCUCAUCAUACUCAACAUGAUAACCAUGAUGGUGGAGACAGACGAGCAGUCGCCUCACAUGGAGUCCAUCCUCAACAACAUCAACCUGGCCUUCAUCAUCAUCUUCACCACUGAAUGCCUCAUCAAGCUCUUCGCCCUCCGCUGCUACUUCUUCACCGUCAGCUGGAACAUAUUCGACUUUGUAGUCGUUGUUCUUUCCAUCGUCGGAAUUGUUCUGGCUGACAUAAUCGAGAAAUACUUUGUGUCUCCGACUCUCUUUCGAGUGAUCAGGUUGGCAAGAAUAGGACGAGUUCUCCGACUAAUACGAGCGGCCAAAGGAAUAAGGACGUUACUUUUUGCCUUAAUGAUGUCACUUCCUGCAUUAUUCAACAUCGGCCUCCUUCUCUUCCUGGUCAUGUUCAUCUACGCCAUCUUUGGCAUGGCCAACUUCGCCUACGUGAAAAAGCAAGGCGGGAUCGACGACAUGUUCAACUUCGAAACGUUCGGGAACAGCAUCAUCUCCCUUUUCCAGAUCACCACGUCGGCGGGUUGGGAUAACCUGCUGGAUCCCAUUCUGAACAAUUCUCCAGAAGAAUGCAACUCAAACUACGUCAACACCGGCACCAAUACGAAGGGCAACUGUGGGAACCCCUCCGUAGGGAUAACUUUUUUCGUUAGCUAUAUCAUCAUUUCUUUCCUGAUUGUUGUCAACAUGUACAUCGCCAUUAUUUUGGAAAACUUCAGCGUGGCCACCGAGGAGAGUACGGAACCACUGAGCGAAGACGACUUCGAGAUGUUCUACGAGGUUUGGGAAAAGUUCGACUUCGAGGCGACACACUUUAUCGAGUACUCCAAACUUUCCAGUUUCGCAGACAGUCUUUCAGAACCCCUGCGUAUCGCCAAGCCCAACAAAAUCAAGCUCAUCCACAUGGACUUACCCAUGGUGAGCGGAGACAGAAUUCACUGCCUGGACAUUCUCUUCGCCUUCACGAAGCGUGUUCUCGGAGAGACCGGAGAAAUGGACGCUCUGAAACAGCAGAUGGAGGAAAAGUUCAUGAUGGCAAACCCCUCCAAGAUAUCCCAUGAGCCCAUUACCACCACACUGAGACGCAAGCAGGAGGAAAUAUCAGCCGCCAUGAUCCAGCGCGCCUACAGGGGGCACCUGCUUAAACGUCAACUGAAACAAGCAUCAUACCUGUAUAGACAGAUACACAAGAACACACCAGUGGAUGAAGAGAACGCUCCGGAACGGGAUGGACUUGUCGCCUCUAUGAUAAAGGAACACUACGGUCAAAGGAAGGUCGAACCCUCGGAGUCUGCGUACUCGGUCUCCUCUCCACCAUCUUAUGAGAGCGUUACUAUGGCUCCUGUUGACCAGUUUCAGGUGUUAAUAUCUGUGUCUCAUGAUUCUGAAUCCUGUGAACCUCUUAACUCUGAAGAGACGUAUGAGGAGACCUUUCUUUAGUAACUCUUUUUUUAAGACUGGUCUUUGUUGGUUUGAUUUUAACACACAAAAACAUGAUCAGGAAUAAUCUUAAGGCAAUGCAAACUAAACGUCACUUUUUUAUGUGAGAAUAUGCAACAUUUACAACCUGGACAGACGUCACUGUCAGAUCUAAUGUGAAUAGACGGAUGUAUCAAGGCACACAAAAAAAACGCAUCAAUAUAUCAAAGUGAAGAUAUACACAAAUAUAUCACAGGUAGAAAUUUUACUUCAGCUGGGCCGAAGGCUUCAGAUGUGUUGCACAUAUCAUGCUAAUAAAAGCACUGUAAUAUUUUCAA